ACAACAGGCAUCAUGACAUCCAUGCUGUCAAACUCUGCAAAUGUGACUUUUGUUCGUCCUGCAACAUUUUUCAUAAAAGGCUUUUCUAAUGUUCCACAUGUGAAAUACUACUACAUGUUCUUGGCUUUAGUGUAUGUUGUGACUGUUUUGGGGAAUUCAUUCAUCAUGUGUACCAUAUAUUUGGCCCGCAAGCUUCACACAGCCAAAUACAUUGCUGUUUUUCAUCUGGCUCUUUCUGAUCUGUGUGGAAGCUCAGCUUUGAUUCCAAAAGUCAUUGACACAUUUUUAUUUGACCACCAGGUUGUUUCAUAUGAAGGAUGUUUGGCAAAUAUGUUUUUUGUAUAUCAUUUUAUGAAUCUGCAGUCUUUGACACUACUUGUUUUGGCUUAUGACAGACUGGUUGCUAUUUGUUUUCCUCUACAGUAUCAUGCCACUGUAAACAAACCAGCCAUGUUUUUGAUCAUCGGUGUGAUAUGGAUUUUUUCUGUGACAUAUUUCUCUGUACUUGUAGGUUUGGUGAAUAGACUCUCGUUUUGUGGAUCUAAUGUGAUUGAUAGUCAUUUUUGUGAUCAAGGCCUUAUCUAUAAACUAGCUUGUAAUGAUAAUUCUAUAAAUAUGAUGAUGGGAAAAAUUAGCUUUGGUCUCCUCAUGUGCACACCACUCAUACUGAUCAUCAUCUCAUAUUUCUGUAUUGCUCUGGCUCUGGUUAAGAUUGCUCAUGGUGACCGGAUCAAGGCCAUGAAAACCUGCACCUCACAUCUCGUGCUGGUGGCAAUCGGUUAUCUUCCACUUAUAAGCAAUAAUAUUGUAGCCUUAACAACAUCUAUUGAUCCAAACACCCGUAUAAUUAACAAUUCCUUGAGACAGGUAAUACCAUCUAUGCUGAAUCCCAUAAUAUACACUCUAAAGACAGAAGAGGUCAUGCAAUCCAUAAAAGAACUGUACAAACGCAGUAAGGUGAACACAACUCAAAAAAUAAGAAUGAAAUACAGUUGGAAAAAAUAA